AUUAAACGCGAGGGUGGAAAUUUGUUGGUUGCAGCGGAAAAAGUGGAGCGCACAAAGUGGAAAUUCAUGCAGUUGUUUAUAUUUUCGUAAUUUUUUCAGUUAGUGGUGUUUUUUUGUAAUUUUCUUUGAGUUUAAACAAAUUUGUAGUCGCUACCGCUGCCAACACUGCAUCAACACAUUGCUGCAGUCGCCGCUGUUGGCGUUGUUACCGAAUAACGAAUUUUUUUUGCAUAUACGGCAAUAAAAGCCUUAAACAAACAAACUCAAGCAAAAUGAUUAAGCUAAGGAAUUUAUCGAACGUUAUCAAUAACACAGCAGUACGCUCCAUAGCUACCUCAGCACCACUCAACGAAGCCGAUUCAUGGUUUUCUAAGUUGUUGGUGCGUAAAAUUGAGCCAACUAAAGAAUCACACAGUCGUAUGCUUAGUGAUAAGGAAAUCAUUUAUGCCUUGCAUACGCACAAUGUACGUCCCGGUUAUAUGGAUGACUAUUUGAAGAAUUACAAAACUUCUGUACAAUUAGUUAAUGAAAAGAAAGCAAUUUUAUCAUGCAACUUGGUCGCUUCUUGGACCGUACAUGUCGGAGAUAUGGAUCAGUGUUUGCAUUUAUGGAAGUACACUGGCGGUUGUGAAAAGAUCGAUAUUGCCAAGGAAGAUUUGUGGCAUGAUGAGGAGUACAUGAGUUUAAUGAAUGAGCGCAUAAAAUAUUUACGUUCACGUCAUUUACAAUAUUUGUUGGCCUUCAGCUACUGGCCGAAAAUCGAAAAUCGUCCAGACAAACAUAUCUACGAGAUGCGUUCAUAUCGAUUAAAACCCGGUACAAUGAUUGAGUGGGGCAACAAUUGGGCGCGAGCCAUUAACUUCCGUAAACAUAACAACGAAGCUUUUGCCGUUUUCUUCUCACAAGUCGGCCGUCUAUACAAUGUGCAUCAUAUUUGGUGCUACAAGUCUUUAUUGGACCGUAAGGAGACACGCGAAGCCGCCUGGCGUUCACCCGGUUGGGAUGAAUGUGUUGCCUACACAGUGCCACUCAUUAAAGAUAUGCACACACGCUUUUUAGCUCCUACUGAGUUCUCGCCAACACAGUAGAGCAAAGAUAUAAUACGUAAACAGAUAUAGCCAACUUUUUUCUUUUUUAUUGCCAGCUACUUUAUUUUUUAAGCAAUUCUAUGCAAAUGGUGUGUAACAUACACAUACUCAUUUAAAAAGCUGCUGACGGCACACACUCGUCAGCAUAAUACGCACAAUAUUAAUAACUAACAAACGCUUCACAUCAUGUCAACAUUUUAUAAAUUUUGUGUUAUUUUCAGAUUUUUUUCUAUAAUCCACAUAGCUAAGUUUAAAGUAUGUAUCUGCAAUUGUUGAGCUUAUUUAGU